GCAUGGUUUGUUCUUGUCACGUGAUUGGGGUCAGGGGUAACUCCAUUCGCCAAGGACGAAACAUGGCAGCGGCAGCAGGAGGCAAGAAGGUGUUUGAGGUUUUUGUAUCGAAAGUGCCGUGGACGAUCGCGACGAAGGAAAUGAAGGAGUAUUUUGGACAGUUCGGCCAGGUGAAGAAAUGUCUUCUGCCCUUCGAUAAAGAAACAGGUUUUCAUAGGGGGUUUUGUUGGAUAGGAUUCAACUCAGAAGAGGGACUCCAGAAUGCACUUCAAAAGGAUCCACACAUCAUCGAAGGAGCAAAGCUCCAGGUACAAAGAAACAGAAAAGCAUUCAUUGGAAGAAAACCAAACAAGGAAGCAGAAGAGAGCUGAAAAUGCCUAAAGUGUAAACCAUACAGUGUCAAGUAUUGUGUCGUCCGUAAUAUGGAACUGAUAUUUAUUGUGAAUGUCUCUUCAUUAAGCAUCGAUUUGUAUUGUAUAAAAAACCUGGAUUAAACCCAAGCAUUUUUGAUAGAAA